UUUUGGUGAGAAAUCCAAGAUGUCCGCACAGCAAAAUUGGUAGAUCGUGCAGCAAAGGCUAAAAUUAUUGGCAGUUUUUGGGGUUGUUGACGAAAACAAAUAUAAUUGUUAUUUUUGUUAAAGAAAAGCAUUUUAUAUUUGUAUCUACUUUAAAGGCAUUUGAGGAAUUAAAUUUUCUCCAGACAUAUGUAUAACCUAUAAAUACCUCAUAGAUGUGAUACCUGGUAUAUUUUAUUAAUAAAUAUGUAAUCCACGCCAAUAAAGUAGUAUCUAUAAUAGAUCAUACCUGUUUGUAGAGAUAUAUGAUGUAAAUUGCACAUGUACAUGAACAGAAUGUUGUCUAAUGUCAAUAGUUUGUUGGAAUUAUGAAACGAAAAUGGAAGACUGGACAAUUGGAUCUAAAAAAUAAUGAUAAAUUAACAACCGGAAAAAGGCUCAGAGUAAUGAAAUCCCGAGCAAAUAUGAGUCUCACAAAAUAUACUUACCUUGACGAAAGGAAAACAAAAUAUUGAAUACAUUUUUUUGGUGUAAUAUGCGCAACAAAGAUUUUCAAAAAGUAAACAUGUCAACACACGAAAUCGUAAAACCUUUUCCUUGCGACGUUUGCUCGAAAGGCUUUGAUAAGAUGCAGUACUUGAAGACUCAUAAAAAGUUACUACAUUCAGGUAAAAAAAUUGAAUUGCCUUACGAGUGCGAUGUCUGUAAAAAGAGAUUUAUUAGUCCUAGUCAAGUAAAAGCUCAUAAGCGUAUGCACACUGGAGAAACCCCUUUCGAAUGUGACAUAUGUAAAAAAAAAUUCAGAUACAUAAAGAGUUUUAAGGUGCACAAAGUUACUCAUACCGAAGGAAGCAAGCCCUUCAAGUGUCCAGUGUGCACAAAAUGUUUAUCCACUGCUGACACUUUAAAGUCGCACAUGCUUAUACACGAAAACAGCAAAUCUUUUGUUUGUGAAGUUUGUUCAAAAGCUUUUGUGAGUAUGGUUCAUCUAAAAAAGCAUCAGCGUUUACACUUAGACAAAAAGCCGUAUGAGUGUAAAACAUGUGGAAAAGGAUUUCUUAAUGCAUUUAAGCUCAAUAUUCAUGUACGCAGUCACACUGGGGAAAGGCCUUUCGAAUGUGACAUUUGUAAGAAAAGUUUCGCAAGCCACUACAUUAUGAAGAAGCACAUUCUUGCUCAUAGAAAAAAUGGUAAAGUUAACAGAUGUCCAAUCUGUGAAAAAUUAUUUGUCAGACCAAAAUAUUUAGAGCUCCAUAUAAGAAACCACUCAGAAGUUAAAUCUUUCGAAUGUGAAGUAUGCAAGAAGUGUUUUUCAGAAUGCCAUGAUUUAAAUUCACACAGGGCUAUCCACGAAGAAAUAAAACCUUUUGUUUGUGAUGGUUGCUCCAAAGGUUUCUUGAGGAAACAUCAUUUAACAAGGCAUAAAAAGUUACAUUGUGAUAAAAGCUGCAAGCAGGGAAAUUUGCAAGAGCCACUUUUUGAAACGGUUCUUUUGAGAGCGUAUGAAGAAAACAAAGGAGCGAAUUUAGAAAGUGAUAACUAUGCUGUUGAUCAUUCUGAUCCUACUUUGGUAGAGAAUACAAUAGUUGGUGGUGUGAAGACUGAACCUAUGAGUGAAGCGGAAGAUAAAGGAAAUAAGAAUUUUGGAAUUAAAGUUGAGUCGAAUGAAGAAAUUAUUAAAAGUGAAAACUCUAUUUUUGUUUCUGUAAAAGAAGAACCUGAAGAUACUUUCGAUUUAAAUUACCAAGUAGAAUUUGAAGCUGUAAAACAAGAGGUUAAACUCGAAGAGUGACAUGUGCCAGACUGUCAAAUGACCAAUUGUUUUUUUAAAAAAUCUUACUCAGGGUGGCCGUUUUAAUCUAAGAAAAAAAUGCCCGUUCUUUCCCGGUUCAGAAAGUGGAACUUAAAAAGUUUGGCAUUCAAAUGCUCAACAAUUUAAACGUGAAACUGGAAGGUACUAACACUUUUCAAUUGAACAAUUUUAAAUGAAAUGCAGAUAAACUGCAAAAUGUAGAAUUUUUCACUUUUAUCAAUUAAUGAGUUCAAAGAUU